AUGAUAGUAUUGGCAUGGAUCGCUUCCCCUUCGACGAAAUGGAGAACGUUUGUUGCACAUCGAGUAGCUGAAAUACAAAGCAAAACAACAAUGGGCGAAUGGAAACACGUCAGUACAUGCGAUAACCCGGCUGACGUGAUAUCUAGAGGUUGCUGUCCGUCUAAGCUAAUUAAUUUAGAUUUAUGGUGGUCGGGUCCCAAGUGGUUAACUGAAGAAAAAAUUAAUUGGCCAGAAAGUUCAGACAACCACCGAAAAUUAGACAAUAUUCCGGAAAGUAAAGAAAAUACUAUCAACGUUUUGUGUGUCAUUGAUCACGAGGAGUUUAUGUUAAACAAAUAUGAAUCAUUGACUAAGUGUUUAAGAAUGACCGCAUAUUGGUUACGGUUUAUAAAUAACGUGAGUGCACGUAAGACUAAUAAUAUUAAAUUAACAGGUUUUCUACAACCAGAAGAGUUGGAAAAAGCAACUUUGAAAUUGAUAAAAAACACGCAAAAUAUCGGUUUUGUUGACGAGCUACGGGAACUUUCGAACGGUAAGGCUGUUUCGACCCACAGCAAACUUUUUCGUCUUCAACCAUUUAUCGAUAGUAAUGGCGUCAUUCGCGUUGGCGGCAGAUUGAAAAACGCUGCAACAAUCGAUAUUUUUCAACGUCACCCCAUCGCAUUACCCGCUAACUGUUUAUUUGCGAAUAUGUUAUUCCAUGAAAAACAUAUGCUUCUAAUGCACGGUGGACGACAGGCUUUAUUAUCAUAUAGUCGGCUUAAAUAUUGGCCAAUUAACGGUCGAAAUCUAGAGCGCAAUACAGUUCACAAAUGCGUAAAAUGUUUUCGUAAUAAACCUAUUUUUGUACAACCUAUUAUGGGCGACUUGCCCGGUGACCGCGUGCGACCAGGAUGGGCAUUUUUAAAAUGCGGCAUAGACUUCGCCGGUCCGUUCUCAAUUAAAUCGAGUUCGUUACGUAAAUCACCGAUUAUCAAAACAUACGCAUGUAUUUCUGUGUGUUUAACGACCAAGGUCGUUCAUAUUGAGGCAGUUAGUGAUUUAACGACGAAAGCAUUCUUGAACGCGUUAAACCGUUUUUUCGAUCUCCGCGGUAAGAGCAUUGUUAUAUAUAGCGAUAAUGCGACAAAUUUCGUUGGUGCAAAUAGAAAAUUAAAAGAAAUAUAUCAAUUAUUCCAAUCGAAACAAUCGCAAGAAGAUUUGCAAAGAAAUUUCACAAAUAUUGGUGUCAAGUGGCAGUUCAUCUCUUCUCGUUCCCCACAUUUCGGUGGACUGUGGGAGGCUGCUGUCAAAUCUAUGAAAAUACUGUUAGGAAGGGUAUUAGGCGAAGCUCACCUAACAUACGAAGAAUUAUGUACUGUACUAACGCGCGCCGAAGCCUGCUUGAACUCGAGUCCCUUAACCACCUUAUCUACUGAUCCUUCUGAUCCCAGCCCCCUCACACCUGGGCACUUCCUUAUAGAAGAUUCUCUCACCGUGGUACCAGAAGAUGACUUAACCGCUAUACCAGUUAAUCCAUUAACACGUUGGCGUAGAGUUACUCAAUAUUCACAACAGUUACUCGUUGGAGUAAAGAGUACUUAUGUCAACUUCAAGAGAGGUCCAAAUGGUCUAAGUAGGAAGGUCCGAAGCUGA